AUGUUCCGAGGGUGGAGAGCUCCACCAGUUUUUAGGCAGAAAAUCACCCCACUGGAGAUAAACGUUGGCAGUCAAGCUAAGUUUGAAUGUGAAAUUGAAGAUGCAGCCGAUGUGACCUUCAAGUGGUAUCGAUCUGAAGUUGAGAUCAAACAAAGUGAGAAGUACAGGAUUCUCAGUCGCCACACCAGUUCCUCUCUGGAGAUUCUGACUCCUGCCAAGAUUGACAGUGGUGAAUACUCCUGCAAAGCUUCAAAUAAACACGGCUCUGCAAGCUGCCAAGCCAGCCUUGUUGUUACAGGUAAGCUUCCGACAUGCUCUGCAGUGUUGACUGUAAAAGAGCCUCCAAGCUUUGUAACGCCAAUUGAAUCGCAAACGGCACUGCCCAACGCAAACGUUCGCUGCAAAGGAGUUUUUAAAGGAACACCCCCUUUCACAGUCAAAUGGUUCAAGGACGACAAAGAGCUCAUAACUGGACCCUCUUGUUUUACUGGCCUGGAGGGCCUCUCUUGUUUCUUAGAGCUCUAUUCUGUGGGGGUCUCCCAGAGUGGAGUUUACUCUUGCCAAGUGAACAACGAUGCUGGCUCGGCACGCUGUAGUGCAGAACUGAAUGUUAAAGAGCCUCCUUCCUUCGUGGUGCCGCCCCAGCCAGUGGAAGCCAUGCCCGGCUCCACUGUCACUUUCUCAGCCAUGGUGAAGGGCAGCUCUCCCCUCAAACUGAAAUGGUUUAGAGGAACAAAAGAGAUUGUCCCCGGCCGGACCUGCAACUUUUACCUGAAGGACAGCCAGGCCCUUUUGGAGCUCUACAAUGUGGACAAAUCGCACAGUGGAGAAUACACCUGCCAGAUCAGCAAUGAAGCAGGGUCUGAGAGCUGUCCAGUCAACCUCAUGGUCAAAGACAAAGCAGGAGCUGCCCUUGCACCGGCUGAGACCCCUGCUGCACCUCAGUCCAAGAAACUGGAUAACCUUUUCUUUGUGGAGGAACCGAAACCAGUCAACAUUGUGGAGAGCGUAUACUCAGUGAUUGUGAGGUUGGAGCCCAGAGGAGAGGCUAAGAGCACAGCUGAACUUUAUUUGUCUGGCAAAGUGCCUGAAGAGGUCAAACCAAUACCAUUUGACGAAGAGGUUCUGCCUGUACAAGUCCCUGAGGAGCCGGAGAAGAAAAAACCUGUGAAGAUCGAGGAACCAAAACCAGCUGAACCUAAGCCUAAAGCCCCUGUUGUUGAAGAGCAGCAGCAAACAACACAGCCCAAAAAGGCAGUAGUUGAGCCACAUGCUCCAAAAGAAGAAAUUAUUAAAGAUUGGAUUGUGAAGCCGCUGAGGGACCAGCACGUCAAACCUAAAACAGCUGCCGUAUUCAAAUGUGAACUGUUCAAGGACACCCCUAACUGGAAGUGGCUCAAGGGAGAGACCGAAAUCACUCCUUCUGACAAAAUAGAGGUGAAAAAAGAUGGGAAGGAGUUGACCCUCACCAUCAAGAACUGCCAGCCAGACGAUGUUGCAGAAUAUGCCAUGGAGGUGGAAGGACGCAUCUACACAGCCAAGCUCACAUUAGGAGGUAUACGCCUCGAAUUUGUCAAACCGAUCAAAGAUGUUACCGUGAAGGAGCGAGAGACGGCGGAGUUCAGUGUGGAACUGUCCCACGAGAACAUCCCCGUGGUGUGGUAUAAGAACGGAGCCCGCCUGCAUCCCGGCAAAGUGGUGCACAUGUCCGAGAAUGGCAAGGUGCACACGCUUGCCUUCAAGGAGGUCACUGUGGACGACACUUCCAACAUCAAGGUGGAGGCGAUGGGAAAGACAUCUGAGGCCAUGCUCACUGUGCUUGCACGGGUGAUCGGCCUGAAGCGGCCACUGAAUGAUGUGGCUGUCAUCGCCGGGGAGACUGCUACCUUUGAGUGUGAGCUGUCUUACGAAGGCAUCGCUGUCGAGUGGUUCCUUGGGGGUACUAAACUGGAACCAAGCGACAGAGUUCGCUGGUUCAAAGAUGGAAGUGAAAUCAGAAAGGGAAAGAAGUAUGAAAUUAUUGCACAGGGUCGCAAACACAUUCUGGUCAUCAAUAAGUCUGCGUUUGAUGAUGAGGCUGAGUACGAAUGCGACGCCAAGACCUCCAAGUCCUCCGGCAUGCUCACUGUCGUCGCUGUUCCUCAGAUAAAGACCACAGACCAGAGCUAUGUGACAGACGCCGGGAAACCCAUCGUCAUGGCGGUCCCCUACAGCGCCUACCCUCAGGCCCAGGCCGAAUGGCUCUACAACAACCUGAGCUUGGCCAAAGACAACAUUUUCACUUCCUCCGACCGGACCGAGUACCGCCUCAAGGACCCUAAGAAGUCCGACCAAGGACGCUACAUGAUCACCAUCAAGAACAAACAUGGAGCAGGAGAGGCCUUCAUCAACUUGGAUGUCAUUGUUGCCCCAACAUUUGACCUUAGCGCUUUCAAAAACGGCCUGGAGGUAAUCGUCCCCCAGCCUUUGACCAUCAGAGUCCCUAUCACUGGAUACCCCAUUCCUGUCGCCAAGUGGACCUUUGGAGAGAAGCUGAUGACUCCAGAGGACGAGCGCGUCACCACAACUACCAAGUCCACCUUUGUCGAGCUGGUGGUGACCCCAAGUGUCCGCCCCGACAAAGGCAGCUACACUCUGACCCUGGAAAAUGAAGUUUCAUCUGCUUCUGGAGAAAUCGAAGUCAAUGUAAUCGGUGUGCCAUCUCCUCCUAUUGAGCUGCAUGUGACCGGAGCGAGCCGUGACUUCCUGUCCAUUGCCUGGAAACCCCCGCAGCAGGAUGGUGGCUGUCCCAUCAGAGGAUACCACAUCGAGAUGUGUGAGGCCGGCACAGAGAAGUGGAUGAGAGUGAACUCUCGCCCAGUUAAAGAGCUGAAGUUCCGUGUGGAGGAGGGCAUUGUCCCUGAAAAGGAGUAUAUUCUGAGAGUCAGAGCCAUCAACUCUGCAGGAGUCAGUGAGCCGUCUGACAUCUCUGAGAAUGUGUUUGCCAAAGAAUCUGACUAUGUUCCUGGGCCAGUUACAGAUUUGAAACCUGUGGUGGUCACCCGUAAAAUGAUCUUCCUGAACUGGGACGACCCUGAUGAUGAUGGUGGCAGUGAUUUGACUGGUUUCAUUGUUGAGCGUAGAGAUGCUAAGGGGCAUACAUGGAGGCAGCCUGUAGAAACCCCCUCCUCAAAAUGUGAAUGUGUGGGCAUUAUGGAAGGACAGGAUUACUUCUUCCGUGUUACCGCCAAGAACAAAUUUGGCCUCGGUCUGCCUGUUGAGCUGGGACCUAUCACGGCCAUUGACCCACAAGAUGUUCCUGGACCUCCAAAGGACUUGAGAGUUACUGAUAUCACCAGAUCUACCAUGAGACUUAUCUGGAAGUUGCCAGAGACUGAUGGAGGAGAGAGAAUCAAAAGCUACUUCAUUGAGAAGAAGUCAAUGAUUGAUAAGGCUUGGACCAAGGCUAAGGACACUGAGGUCAGAGGAACUAAAUUUGUGGUGGACAGCCUAACCGAGGGAGGCUUGUACCAGUUCAGAGUCAGAGCUGUGAAUGCAGCCGGAGUCGGCGACCCAGGCUAUGUUUCAGAGCUCAUUGAAACUAAAGACAGGACAAAGGUGCCUGAUGCCCCGAAACAACCCACUGUGAAGGAGGUCUACCAUGAUACUGCUCUUAUUACCUGGGAGCCUCCUGCGGAUGGUGGAAAACCUAUCUCUGGCUACAUUGUUGAGAAAAAAGAAACUAUGGCCAAAAGGGUGCAAACAGUUGGUGAUGGAGGCGAGAGUGCUUGGGUCAAACUUGACAACAUUUUGGUGAAAGAGGAAAUUCAGAAGCCUGUUAUUGAUUUGAAGCUUUCUGGAAGCAUGACUGUGAAGGCUGGAGAAUCUGUCCGAAUCGAAGCCGGGUUGAGAGGUAAACCCCCACCUGAAGUCAAGUGGGUCAAAGAUAAGGCUGUGGGCAACAACCCCAGAAUGAGCUACGAGACUGGUGACGAUUACUCCAAGUUCCUGCUGACCAAAUCUAGACGCACUGAUACCGGAAAAUACGUCAUCACUGCCACCAACUCGGCUGGUACCUUCACUGCUUACGCCAAUGUGAAUGUGCUGGACACCCCCGGACCUGUCAGGAAUCUCAGAGUUACUGGUAUUGGACCUGACAAGUGCAGAGUUGUGUGGGAUGGCCCAGAGGACGAUGGAGGCUGCGAGGUGGACAGCUACAUUGUGGAGAAAUGUGAGACUAGAAGAAUGGUCUGGUCCACAUACUCUGCUUCUGUGGUCACACCUUACUGCAACAUUACCCGUCUUGUGGAAAGCAACGAGUACAUCUUCAGAGUGAGGGCUGAGAAUAAGAUGGGAACUGGCCCAGCUUUAGAAACCAAGCCUGUGACAGUCAAGACUCAGUUCAAUAAGCCUGGACCUCCCGAAGCCCCAGAUGUCACUAAGACUUCAGAAUGGGACACACUCCUCAUGAUUGAAGACGUGAAUAGAUAUGAUGCUGGAAAAUAUGCUCUCACCCUGGAAAAUAGUAGCGGAACAAAGACUUUCACCAUUGUAGUAAAAGUCAAUGGGUAUCAUGUAGAGUUCAAGGAAAGAAAUAGUCUUAUGUGGAAACGGGCCAGCAAAACUCCCUUGAGAGUUAAGGAUUGCAGAGUUACUGGCCUGAUUGAGGGGCUAGAGUAUGAAUUUAGAGUGAUGGCUAUGAAUAUGGCUGGCAUUGGAAAGGCAAGCAAAGUGACUGAGGCAGCUGUUGCCUUGGAUCCUAUUGAGCCACCAACCAUCACAAUCCACCCAGAUAUGAAGGAUGGUGUUUCUGUUAAGGCAGGAGAUACAAUUCUACCGCCCACCUGGCCCUCCAUCAGUCCCAGAGGUUGA